AUGAAGAAGCCUUUGUUCAUCAUCCUGUUGCUACUGCUACUGUCGGUCGAAAGAUGUAGUGGAUUCUUGAAUACAAAGGCAUCUCGACCAGCGAGGCGUUCGCCAUUGGUGGUAGUGUCAUCGUCAUCUCCCUACCCCGAGGGUGUGACGCCCCGCCAACUCGUGUCCAAGGGCAUGGAUGCCUUUCGCAAUGGUGACGUGGAUGGAUCCAUAAAACUCUUUGAUCAAGCAGAUGCAAUGAUUCCGGAUGGAUCGCUGACACCCUUCCUCUGGCAACGAGGUCUCAGCUAUUACUAUGCCGAUCAAUUUGAGGAUGCUUCCAAACAGUUCCGAAUAGAUGUCAAAGUCAACCCACGAGAUGUGGAAGAGAUUGUGUGGGAUAUUGCUAGCGUAUCGAGAUUGAAUCCUUCCGAUAUCCCGCCCAAAAACAAAAUGUCACUCCCAGAAGGAAUGACAGACAGGAGAAGAAUCAUGGGCACUGUCUAUUCAUUGUUCAGAGGUGAAGCCACAGAGCUUGAGCUGGCUGCGGCAGGUCAUCAAGGAAAUAUUGCCGAUGAAUUCUACGCGCUCUUCUAUCUUGGGUUGUUUUGUGAGAGUCGGGGGGAAACGGCAAAGGCAGCAAACUACAUGAAACAGGCCGUCAAAACUGACUACGCUACUAACAGAGGGCGCGGUGACUACAUGACUUCGUGUGCACGAGUCCACUGCAAGCUGAGAGGUUGGUAG